AUGAUUAUAGAUGAGAAAUAUAUAAUAAAAUACAUACAAUGUCAAACACAAUGUAGGGAUGAAAAGGGACAGCCUGUGGACUGGUAUGUAGUCUACAAACUACCCAAAGUAUCCGACUCCGGGCCCCCUUUGGACACGGGUUUGCGGUACGCAUACCUGUCCAGUAAAUCCCAAUCCGGUUGGACUUUGUCUGAUGUGGACAUCAGUGACGAGACAUCAAUAUUUGGACAGACAUUAAGCCCACUAUAUGCUAAAAAGGUAGACCCGGGUAUCAGUUAUAUCAAUUACAACGACCACUGGCCUAACGACACCAAAAAAUCUACCGGCGCUCACGCCAAGGGAGUCAUAGCCACCGAUGACAGCCAUGGCUUUUGGCUCAUACAUAGUGUCCCGAAGUUUGCCGCCCAAGAGUCGGGCCAUAAGUACGUAUACCCAGCGUCUGGUGAGACCUAUGGACAGACAGCUCUGUGUAUUAGCUAUAAAAUCACUGAAAUCGAUAAUAUCCUUGAUCAGUUACUGUACAUGCACCCAAAUGUGUAUGCCAUGCGUGUGAGCACCCACCUAAAAAGUAAAUCAUCAAAAAUCGCUGCAUUAAGCGCUAGGAAGUGGAGUUCCGGUCCCAUGAAUGUCCAGAUCAUCACCAGCGCCGGUGGUGUAAACUUCACCAGUUUUAGCAAAGCACCGGGCGAUCACGUGGACCUGUACUCCCAGAUCAUGGCACCGGUACUCAACACCAGUCUAUAUGUCGAGACGUGGAGACAGGGAGCGGGACAUCCCUUACCCUCUGAGUGUAGGCUCAAGAAAACGGUUGAAAAUAUAGACGACAUUAGCGUAUCGUUUGUGAACUCGAGACUGAAGGGCGGAAAGAUAGUCUCCGGCAUACCGGUGCCCUUUUUGCUAGCUGACGUUGAGCACCGGCGCCACAAACUGGGUGUACAGUUCCAGGUGAUAGUCGGGUGUUUUGCUUAUACUGGUGAACUGUACGCCACCGGCGCUUACGACAGUUUCGACGUGUUUAUCACCAGAACUCCAUUUCCUAGCGAUCUGUCUGUCCGUUGGUCUCACCAGGCAUCGGGGAUACGUACUUAUGGUCCGACUAUUAGGGUUGUAUACCUCUUGGGCGGCAAACUUCGGGACAUUAUGCAUGAGCCAAAAGCCGAGGGUGUCGUCUGUGGCUAUGACUCCUUUGGCGUUAGCAGUGAUACUCUCAUUGGCACCGGUAGGCGGUUCGUCGUU